UUAAUAUAUGAUAUAAUCAUAAAUUGUGAAAAUGACUAUUGAAUGCAUACCGGUAUACAUAUUGAUGGGAACGUGCGGUUGCGGUAAAACUACAUACGCCGAGGCACUGGUCAAGGAAUUUGGGUGCCAUUACAUUGAAGGCGAUCGACUGCACCCGGAAGCCAAUGUCCAGAAAAUGUCGGCCGGUAUACCGCUUACCGACGGGGAUCGUUGGGGUUGGUUGACGGAGAUUCGUGAUACGUAUGUAGCCGAGGCCCGUAAAAUCCAAGCGGCCAGCGGUGUUGGCCGUCACCAAUUGGACAAAUCGGACAUAAUAGUAGUUACUUGUUCGGCAUUGAAACGUUGCUAUCGUGAUCUGCUUAGGGAUGUCCCGCUGCUGCUGACCGAUAGUACCACCAUUAGUGUACAGUUUGUCUAUUUGAAAGGUACGUAUAAGUUAAUAGAGAGCCGUAUGAUUGAACGUACCGAUCAUUUUAUGGCCACGAAAAUGUUGGACAGCCAAUGGCAGACACUGGAAGUACCGGAUCCCCUGAUGGAACCGUCAAUUAUAGUACAGGAUAUCAGUGCCGAUACCGAAACGGUUGUCCAAUCGCUGGUCCAGGAGAUUACUAAACGCCUGUUAAGUAAUACUAUGUGUUAA